UUUCUUCAUGCUCCACAUACAUUAUAGAUAAUACUGGAGUCUAGCAGGAUUGAGUGUGGUCCCAUGUUCACCAGGAAGUGGGAAGUCGUAAAGUAUGGUCAUGGCGUUAGGGCCGGGCAAUCGCGGGACGUCAACGGACACUGCGGUGCCUUAUCGUCAAAUGGAUUCAGACAAGAGAGGGGUGGCGGUAUGUAUAGCAGUUAUCACAAUCAUUCUUGUUUCUGUUAUCGCCGGCUUUGCGAGUACAACGCAUUUCUACGAUCAUAGCGAUUCACCAUCGAGCGAUGGGUCUCCGGCCGUUGCCACCCCUGCUAAAACUCCUUAUCCAGGGUCAUUCCGGCCCCCAUUGCUCCACAGGCCACAAGGAAUUCCAGACUACGUUUGGAACAUGGCGAAGAUGAUGUCCGACAGUCAUCCGUGUGAUGACUUUUACAGAUACUCCUGUGGACAGUGGAUGGAGGAGAAUCCAGCAUCGGACUUCCAACAUCAUAGCCCCUUUCAAAACAUGCGAGACGAUGUACACAGCAUUUUAUCUCGGCUUUUGGAUCGUCCAUCGAGCUCACAGGAACCGAAAGCCGUGCAGAAGGCGAAGAGGCUGUAUAAAUCCUGUAUGGAUAUGAAUACAAUCAAUCAGCAAGCUUCCGGACCACUGAUGGAUAUUCUGGGUGAAGUCAAUGCCCACGACAAUGUGGUGGAUAUGCUGGUCGCCAUGGCGAAAUUCAACUCGUAUCCGAUGGGCAUUGUUACUGUCACCAAGGACGCGAAAAACACUACUAGGAACGUUAUAUUGCUGGACCAGCCAUACCUCCCGCUGACUCAGCUUACUCAAGAACAUAAAGAGUACACUGGGUAUAAAAACUUCAUCAAUGAAGUGGUUUACCAGCUGAAUAUCGACAAGAGAGGCCGUGGUAGCAGGUUGAUCAGGGAUGUCUACAGCCUCAUCCGAUUUCAGCAUGGACUCACAGCGCUGACAACAAAGAAGGAAGACCGCCCCAAAAUUGAUGGACUGUAUCACAUGUAUACAUUGGGCGCUCUCAACCACGAUUUCCCUCAGUUUGACUGGAAUCGUUACAUCCGUGGUAUGUUUUCGCAGCCGGAAAUGAACAUCACGUUAGCCGAUGAUCAGCCUGUGUUGGUAUACGCACCUAAUUAUUUUAGGAGAGUUGGGGAAUACGUGUCUAACUUUGACAAGAACACUGUGAAGGACUACAUGCGAUGGAAAUUCAUUGAGGGUUAUCUCCCCUACAUGGCUGAGCGUUUUCGUACUGCGCGACGCAAGCUUCUAAAGGCCGGCGGUUUCAUACUAAAAAGUAUAGAACGGUGGAAGAUCUGUACUCCGGAAAUAGAUGCGUUUCUGUUCAACAUUACGGGCCGAAUGUUCGUGGAGCAAGAGCUUGAUUCUGAUUCUGUAACAGUGACAAAGGAAAUGGUGCAAGACAUACGCAAAGUGUUCAAAGAGAGAAUGCAGGCUGACAGCUGGAUGGACAGUAAGACAAAACAGACGGCAAUCGAAAAGCUUGACGCUAUCCGCGAGCUGAUCGGAUAUCCCCCGGAUAUCAUGAAUGACACCUUGCUGGACCAGCAGUUCGAAGAUUUGAUCAUCACGGACCAUUUCUUUGAUAAUAUAGUGGCUGCUGUAAAAAGGCGACAUUGGUCCAUCUUGCAAAGCCUUCGUCAGCCAGCAGUUCGUGACCGAUGGGACCACGGUGCGACGACUGUGAAUGCGUUUUACAAGUCUGAGAAUAACAUUAUUGUAAUUCCGGCUGGCAUUUUGAGGAAACCGAUUUUCAGCUUGGAGUAUCCGAAAUCUGUGAUUUACUCCAGUCUGGGGUUUAUAGUGGCUCAUGAAAUGACCCACGGUUUCGAUAACACAGGCAGGAAAUUUGACAAAGAAGGUAACUUGGUUGAUUGGUGGUCGGAAACCGCCGAGGCGAGUUACAGGCAGAAAGAUCGGUGCUAUGUGAACCAAUACUCCUCGUAUACCAUUAAAGAUUACACUAAGGUAAAUGGUACGAAAACGCUGGGGGAGAACAUAGCGGACAACGGGGGCAUACGUGACGCUUUCAUGGCAUACACGGAAUGGGUUAAUCGUCAGGCAAAGGUCUCGACCGUGCCGUUUUUAGGACUUACAAAUAACCAGGUGUUUUACCUGGCAUUUGCACAGCGUUGGUGUGAGACUCGAGGCAGCAAGUUCGCUUCAUAUGACGCCAAGAAAAACCUGCACAGCCCAGGAGAAUUUCGUGUUAAAGGGACUUUGCAGAACUCCAAUCAUUUCGCUCAGACAUUCAGCUGCGCAUCUGGAACACUCAUGAAUUUUCGAAGCAAAAAGUGUCGCAUCUGGUAAAUCUCUGUCGCCAGAAAUGGCGUAUUUGGUAGAUCUCUGUCAUCAAAAAUGUCGCAUGUAGUAAAUCUAUGUGGUUGUAAGUGCCGUAUUUGUGGUCUUAAAUCUCUAUCGACAGAAGUGUCGUAUUUUGGUAAAUCUUUCUCAUCAGAAGUAUCGUAUAUUGGUAAAUCUUUGUCGUCAGAAGUGUCGUAUUUGACAAAUCUUUGUCGCUAAAGGUACCGUAUUUAGUAAAUCUCCGCACGCAGAAGUGUUGUAUUUAAUAAAUCUUUGUCGACAGAAAUAUCGUAUUAGACAAAUUUCUGUAUUGUGUUAUUUAGAGUACAUCCCUAUCGUAAAAACUAUAUUAUUUGGUAAAUCUGUGUCGUCAAAGGUAUCACAUUUGGUAAAUUUCUGUCGUUUUGGAAAAAUUUCUGUGCUAAGAAAAAUUAAGUUGAGUACAUCUCUGUCGUCGGAUGUGUUGUGGGAGGUAAAUCCAUGUUGUCUUAGAUAUUAUUUCCUCGUCGGUUGAAACGUCAUAUAUACUUUACGACAAUAAACGUCACAUAUACUUACCACAAUAAACGUCAUAUAUACUUUACCACAAUAAACGUCACAUAUACUUACCACAAUAAACGUCAUAUAUACUUUACCACAAUAAACGUCCACAAUAAACGUCAUUUAUACUUUAUCACAAUAAACGUCAUAUAUACUUAGUACAAUAAACGUCAUAUAUAUUUUACCCACAAUAAACGUCAUAUAUACUUACUACAAUAAACGUCAUAUACAAUUUACCGCAAUUGUCAUGUACAGUUUACCCCAGCCACCAAAACUGUUAUAUAUGAUGGAAGUGUUGUAUAUCACAGCCAAAAGUGUUGCAUAUGAUAAUUUUCGGGACACUCUUUUGUGUGUGAUUUUUUGAGGCCAAAAGUGCUGCUUUAAAUUGUGAUAGUUCCAAAAGUGCGGCUUUAUGUGGUGAUGUCUCAGAACUAAAGUGGUGCUUUAUAUGGUGAUAUCUCGGUAUAAAGAGUGCUGCUUUAUAUGACGAUAUCUCAGAACUAAAGUGCGGAUUUAUGUGGUGAUAUCUCAGAAUUAAAGUGGUGCUUUAUAUGGUGAUAUCUCGGUAUAAAAAGUGCUGCUUUAUAUGACGAUAUCUCAGAAAUAAAGUGCUGCUUUAUAUGACGAUAUCUCAGAACUAAAGUGCUGCUUUAUAUGGUGAUAUCCCAAAACCAAAGUGCUGAUCUGUAUAGUCAUGUCUCGGAACCAGAGUGCUGAUUUAUGUGGUGAUAUUUCGGAAUCAAAAGUACUGUUGUUAUUUGUUCAAAUCUCUUAAUGAGAACUGUUUUAUUCGAUUAUCCCUGCUGUUAGAGCCUGCCGUAUUCUGGACGACAUAAUUCUCUGAGAUCACACACAGUCUCCUUCCUGCUGUGUCCGAAUCGUUUAUGGUAUAUUUUGUACUCUUUAUUCCUCUGCUAUUGUAAUUCAGGAAUCUUUUGUAGAAAGUCAGCCAAACCAUUCUACCCGGCAUGGAGUGGUUCUUACCACUGCUGUCCCUGUGGGACACACGAGUUAUAUUAUAACACGGAUCUGUCUCAUCAUGGAUUUUUAUUCUAUAAAAAUAGUAUUUUCUUCAUUUCAAAUAAGUUGUUUUAGUAAUAAUUAAUUUAUUGUAAUUUGAUAAUCUAUCUUUCAAACAUACGCUUGUCAUAAACAGGAAACAUCACUUUUUCUUUAUAUGGGCUAAUUAAAUCAUUAAAUUUAUUCAACUGUUUGAAAAAACAAUUUUUGGAUGUUUAUUUUUUACCAAUUACGAUUCAAUAAAA